AGUCCAGAGAGCAGGGAUGAACUUAUCCGUGUGGAUUCUGGCAACUCCGGCAGGGAGGGCUUCAGCAGGCGCUGAGGGAAGAACUUUCAAGCAGAGCUGGGUCUCUUCAGGAGUGACUGCAGCAACCCUGAUGCUUGGAUGGAGUUCAGGCAGGUGAUGGUAGUGAAGACCUUGCCAACAGAUUGAGUGCUGGAGAAGGACCCCUUUAGUGGGGACCCUGGAGCCAAGGCUAGGCUGGCAGGCCCAGCCACCACUAAUUAAACCAUGAAUAUUGCCCAGCGUUGAGCCUGGAGCACCUGCCAGCCCCUGGCCAGAGUACUGGGUGUUCUGGGAAAAACCCCUAAACCUAGUAACUCCUCUCCCUACUAGGCCUCUUUGUCGCCAAAUCGCUGGAAUUUAGGGGCCAGCAGCUUUCUGAUCUAGGUCAGCCAGAGGUUCACAGUCCCUCACUUUCCCUGCCCCUGCCUGGCCCAUCUCUGGCCUGGCCCCUGGGAGGAUUUUCCUGGGCCAGAGGGCAGCAGAAAGCACAGAUGCCCACCCCAGCAAUGUUCCCGCCACCUGCCCAGGCUAGUGCCCUGUGCCCAACCCCAGAGGGUGCGGGAUGACAGACUCUGACAAUCAUUAAACCAGCCGGGCCUGAUUUCCCAGCACCGCCUGCUAAGAUCCGGGCCAAGUGGCACUGAAUAUGCAAAUCACCUGGGGCCAGGAGCCCAGUCUAAAGGCCAGGAAAUCCCCUCCGUCCAAUGAGCCACCAGCUCAGGUUACUGCAGGGGACGUACUAUAAAGGCCUGAGCUCAGGGAGGAGCUCCCUCCAGGCUCUAUUUAGAGCCAGGUAGGGGAUCGCAGCGGCCAGACACCUCAGCGCUACCUGGCAGAACUGGAUUUCUCUCCCACCUGCGGCUUAAGCCUGACUGCCAGCCUGCCUGCCACAGCCGGACUCCACCACUCCGGUAGCCUCAUGGCUGCAACCUGUGAGAUUAGCAACAUUUUUAGCAACUACGUCAGUGCGAUGUACAGCUCAGAGGACUCCACCCUGGCCCCUGUUCCCCCUGCUGCCGCCUUUGGGGCCGAUGACUUGGUGCUGACCCUGAGCAACCCCCAGAUGUCAUUGGAGGGUACAGAGAAGACCAGCUGGUCGGGGGAACAGCCCCAGUUCUGGUCGAAGACACAAGUUCUGGACUGGAUCAGCUACCAAGUAGAGAAGAACAAGUACGACGCAAGCGCCAUUGACUUCUCACGGUGUGACAUGGACGGGGCCACCCUCUGCAAUUGUGCCCUUGAGGAGCUGCGUCUGGUCUUUGGGCCCCUGGGGGACCAACUCCAUGCCCAGCUGCGAGACCUCACAUCCAGCUCUUCUGAUGAGCUCAGUUGGAUCAUUGAGCUGCUGGAGAAGGAUGGCAUGGCCUUCCAGGAGGCCCUAGACCCAGGGCCCUUUGACCAGGGCAGCCCCUUUGCCCAGGAGCUGCUAGACGACAGUCAGCAAGCCAGCCCCUACCACCCCGGCAGCUGUGGCGCAGGAGCCCCCUCCCCCGGCAGCUCUGACGUCUCCACUGCAGGGACUGGUGCUUCUCGGAGCUCCCACUCCUCAGACUCCGGUGGAAGUGACGUGGACCUGGAUCCCACUGAUGGCAAGCUCUUCCCCAGAGACGGCUUUCCUGACUGCAAGAAGGGGGAUCCCAAGCACGGGAAGCGGAAACGAGGUCGGCCCCGAAAGCUGAGCAAAGAGUACUGGGACUGUCUCGAGGGCAAGAAGAGCAAGCACGCACCCAGAGGUACCCACCUGUGGGAGUUCAUCCGGGACAUCCUCAUCCACCCAGAGCUCAAUGAGGGCCUCAUGAAGUGGGAGAAUCGGCAUGAAGGCGUCUUCAAGUUCCUGCGCUCUGAGGCUGUGGCCCAACUGUGGGGCCAAAAGAAAAAGAACAGCAACAUGACCUAUGAGAAGCUGAGCCGGGCCAUGAGGUACUACUACAAACGGGAGAUCCUGGAACGGGUGGAUGGCCGGCGACUCGUCUACAAGUUUGGCAAAAACUCAAGUGGCUGGAAGGAGGAAGAAGUUCUCCAGAGUCGGAACUGAGGGUUGGAACUAUACCCGGGACCAAACUCACGACCACUCGAGGCCUGCAAACCUUCCUGGGAGGACAGGCAGGCCGGAUGGCCCCUCCACUGGGGAAUUCUCCCAGCUGUGCUGUGGAGAGAAGCUGAAGUUUUGGUGUAUUGUCAGCCAUCAUCCUGGGACUUGGAGACUAUGGCCUCACCUCCCCACCCUUCUCUUGGAAUUACAAGACCUGGGGUUUGAAGCUGACUGUAUAGCUGCAAAUGUGUCUCCUUUAAUCUGGUGCCUCCUCAAACCCAGUCUCAGACACUAAAUACAGACAACACCUUCCUCCUGCAGACACCUGGACUGAGCCAAGGAGGCCUGGGGAGGCCCUAGGGGAGCACCGUAAUGGAGAGGACAGAGCAGGGGCUCCAGCACCUUCUUUCUGGACUGGCGUUCAUCUCCCUGCUCAGUGCUUGGGCUCCACGGGCAGGGGUCAGAGCACUCCCUAAUUUAUGUGCUAUAAAUAUGUCAGAUGUACAUAGAGAUCUAUUUUUUCUAAACUAAAAACAUUCCCCUCUCCCACAGAGUGCUGGACUGUUCCAGGCUCUCCAGUGGGCUGAUGCUGGGACCCUCAGGAUGGGACUCCUGGCUCCUUUCUCCUGUGAAUGGAGGCAGAGACCUCCAAUAAAGUGACUUCUGGGCUUUUUCUAACCUUUGUCUUAGCUACCUGUGUACUGAAAUUUGGGCCUUUGGAUCGAAUAUGGUCAAGAGGUUGGAGGGGAGGAGAAUGCAGGUCUACCAGGCUGAGGGUGAGGGCAAAGGCUGACGAAGAGGGGAGUUAUAGAUUUCCUGUAGCGGGUUUGGGCUUACAGACACAUGGACUGGGCUGGGAGGCGAACAAAGGAAGCAGGUGAGACUGUCAGAAAACGCUUACAAGACUUCAUGCAAGCAAGGACAUGAACUCAGAAAGCUGAGGUCAGAAACAUCCUGCUGUCGCGACACUGCUUGGGUGACCUUGACCUUGACCAAGUCUGUCCUGUUUGGGACUGAUUCUUCCUAUAAGGCUAGGGUUUGGACCUGAUGUUCUCAAGAUGUCUAGAAUUGCAUGGCCGGCCUUGUGGAAUAGAUGGUUUUGCAUUCCAGCCAAGUGGGCUGUAAGCUGUUUAUCUGUAAUAUAAAUCCCAGCUUUUGAGUCUGACAAAAUCAGAGUUAGGAUCUUGUAAAGGAAAAAAAAAAACCACAAACAAACAAAAUGGAGAUGAGUACUUGCUGAGAAAGAAUGAGGGAAGGAGUUGGCAUUUGUUGAAAGUAUAGUCUGUUUCUCUUUAUUUAAUAAUUGCAACUAUUACUCUAGAUUUAGGAGGUACGUGUGCAGGUUUGUUACAUGGGUAUAUUGUGUGAUGCUGAGCUUGGGAUGCGAAUGAUCCCGUCACCCAGGUAGUGAGUAUAGCACCCACUGAAAGCGUAAUCUCAUGCCAGACACUGUGCUAGCCCACUCUGGCUCAUUUAAUCCUCUCCCAAGAAGAGAGGAGACGCAGUAUCCCCAUUUGACAGAUGUGGAAAGAGUUUCCACAGGUGUGCCUUGAUUCUGUCCUCAAACCGUUUCCUGGGAGCUUUUCCUGGUGUAGGCUCUCCUAACCUAAUCCUCAAUCGACUCCAGAACUAUUAUUCUGUUUCCACAGCGAUAAUGUGUCUAGGUUUUAGGGAGGACAGUUCAUUGAUGUUACUUAUGAAGAAUGCUUUCCAGGUGAAAAGUUCCUUAAGUUUGAGGCUUCAAAUUCCAUAGAGCAUAUUAAAAUCCCAUUCAUGAGUUU